CCCGCGCGGUUCCCCCGCCAGAAACCAUCCCCACAACAAUGGAGCAGUGGCUGCCGCUGUUCCGCCACCUCCUCUCCUGCCCCGUCGCCAACGCCGACGCCUUCUCCUCCCUCCCCGCCUCCGGCGACUGCCCCAGCUCGCCUCCCCCGGCGGCCGCGCUCCUCCGCCUCCUCCUCUCCCCGGCGCCCCCGCUCCCCGCUUCCCCCUCCGACCCCACGGCGUCCAUCCUCUUCCAGACCCUCCCGCCCUUCCUCCAGUCCCAGGCGCUCUCCUUCCUCGCCUCCUCCUCCUCCUCCUCCUCCUCCGGCCUCCUCGACCCGCACCUCCUCCGCGCCCUCGCCGCCCGCGUCCUGUCCGCUCCGCCUGACCUGUACGGGUUCUGGGCCCGCCGCGGCGCCCGUCACCUGCUCGACGGAUUGCCCGAGGGGGAAGGCGUCCCGGGUGUCGCCGCUGAGGAGUUCGUUGAUGGGUUCCACGAGCUGCCUCCGUGGCUUAAAGAAGCAGCGACGCGGUCGCGUCCUGUCCUGCCGUGGCUCCCUUUUGAAUGCCGGAGCGUGUUGGGGAGCGGGACCUGUGGUGGCGGCGGCGGCGGGGGUGGUCUGGACGGGAUUGGGUUGGAGACGUUGGUGCUGGAGCAAGACGAGGAUGUGGAGAUGCAGGAGGCUGGGUGCGUCCUGCUGCCUCAGGCUCCUCCGCUCGCAGAUUCGACUGUGCAGAGAGCCCUGGCUGUGCAGAAGGAGAUAGUGACUCUGGAAUCUGUCUUGGUGGCGCAGCGUGUGGUGAAGGAUUUGCAGGAACUUUGUGUUGAGUCCAGGAAUGCUGCAGCAGUGCUUAGCUUAGUACAGCCGUGGGAAGCUGAUGAUGACACUCUAAGGGUCCUCCUUACCAAUUUAGUGCUUCCGGAGGAUGGGGUGCAAGGAGGAGGGCCAGCACUUGUUCUGUGUUCUGUUUUCCUACCACAGUUACUCGAGCUUCAAAGACCACCUUCAUCAGUCCUUUCCGCUGCGUUGGAUCUCUGCAAGCGCCACCCAGCCGCAGCACUGGAAGCUGUACUCUUUCCACUGGUUCUUAGGAAGGGUGGGCUAAAUGUUCCACAGUGUGAUGUGCUAACACGUAUUGUCAAGGAAUGCAUGCAUCCACUGCAUGUUGCUGCUUUCUGCCAUAGGCUGCUUUCAGGGGAGGAGCAAGAGCGGAAGCCAGUCUGUAUGUCUCAGCAUUACGAGAAUGUAGGUACUCAUUUGGUCUGGACAGAAUCUCUGUUCGCACUAUUUUACAGCAUCCUCAGUCAAGAUAUUUGCUUGACACCAAGCACCGUUGGCGAGCUAAUUUCUGUCAUUGAUGAGCGGGCAUCAGAGUUCUCAAGGUCAUUGAAAUUUGGCAACUUUAUGCUGUGCUUAGUGUCGAAGUGUUGGCAUCAAUGUAAGAAUCAGAGGGUUUUGCUCGAGAGAGCUGCUGAGAGAACUAAUACUUUCCUGACCAAAGCUAUAUUGGCAAAACUGCGCCCUGCAAGCUGAAGUUAAAUGUUAAUAACUUUUUUUCAUGCAGAUGUUAGAAAAGAAACUGAAAUUGUUCUCAUCAAGACAAUGAUGCAUAUUUUGCCACUUACCCAAAAGAAACCCCAUUGCGCACAGGCAUUAUGGAGGAGUGAAAGUGUCUCUGACCUCUUCUCACCGUACAGCUGAUCCAUCGUUAUCACUGGAAUCUCCAUUUCCCAAGAAACUGGUGUGUAGCAGUGUAAACAGAUGUGUUGUUUGCUCUUCUAGAGUUGGCACGCUACAUCUACAGCCGGCCAGGUAUUUAUAGUGGCCCAGGAGGCCAGGAAUGUUGGGAAUAUCCUUCUCGAGAUUGCUAACAUGGUUUUGAUUGAGAAUGAAGGGAACCUUGCUUUCUCAUGAGGUUUAUGUAGAAUCAUGUCCAGAUGCAUGCCACUAUUCCCGUGUGAUUUAGCUAAGAUAGCUAUGUGGCAUCCUUCGAGGCUCACCAACAUGGUUGACCUAUGAGCAAAACAUGCUCUCUAUUUGUUUAUUCUGUUUUACUUCCAUAUACUAAUGAAUGUUAAUGCCAGUCAUCUCACUGAUAUAACUACUUCCCUGCAAGGUUCACUCUCUCUGGAUCGGUUCACCGCCCUGAAUCGUGGUAACGAUCGCAGAUGCUGGGAGGAGUAAAAUCUCAACUUUGAGAUCUCUUUCAGGUCAGACUAAUCAUGGCAGUUAGCUUGACUUUGUGAUUCAGUGCAUGCAGACCUGCGCGCAGGGUCAAUCGCGAGGUAGUUAAAUUGAAUCUGAAACCAUUCGCUGCCUUUCAUUUUCGUUUGUCGACGCAAGCCUAGAUUCUCUCAGAGAUUUGCUGGAUCAUGUUUGCGAAUUCUUUAAACGGCGUUACGCUAGUUCUCUGCAUGUCAAAAUUAGUGCAGGUCCGCUCAUCUUUACGCGAACAUUGUUAAUCUGACAGUUGGUUCCUGAUUAACUUAUCCACUGUCUUGUUUGUGGGCGUGGCUGAGGGGUUUGGAAGCCGGGCCCGGUUUGAUAAAUUGCCUGUACAGUUUGCCAGUUUGGUGAAGUGUUUGUCGUUCAUGCUCUGUCCAACACUUACUCAUGUUGAGAACUUGACAAACGGUUGAUGAAUCAGGAACUUUUUUUUACUGGAUUCCUAAACAUCUCCCGAGUAAAAUCUAUUUCUUCUUAUUAUCACUCGAUUUCUAUCUGUUGAAUGUAUUUUUCAACUCGGCCCAUGAGACUACCAUAGAGAUCGUGAUCGUUGCAGCCCACUGCGUCGCUUGGCCGGGAAGCAAGAAUGUGUGCAUGCGGGCCGAUAGCCAUGACCACUACUAGCUCUUCGCCAGCAGCUGUCAACCUAGCCGAGCAGACAUGCGGCAACUACAUUUCCAAACCAACACAUGCAUGUUGGCCCACAACUACUGCUGGUGGAUGUGGCGGUGCUUCUUUAUUGUACCUGUUAAAUUAGCUGGACACUUUUUGUGCAGAUGAGAUUUAUUUUGUUCUUUUUAUUUGGAUUGGAAAAGUUAGAAUGUUUUGUAUUUUUUAGAUCCGUGGGAGGUUAUACAAAUCAGUGUAUAUUUUUCUUUGUAGGAUCCAAAAAUUCAAAUUGUUUUUUUUUGCGAAAUUCAUAAUAUUGUAUUUGGAGU